GGCGUAUUAAACACCCGCUCAGGCAUUCAAUGAGCUCGUUCCUCCAGGCGAGCUCUACUGCGGCACGUGCGAAACCUCUGCGAUGCAAGGCUCCGUUAUAACCGCGGCUCUUCUGGUACUCGGCAUGGCGGUUGCCAGCCAGGCGAUCGGUUGCGCCAAUCCUGCGCCUUUCAAGGGCAACUGGGUGAUCGGCGUAGACGGCAAGGAGUGCGUGGCACUGGUCAAAGAGAAAUGCACGGGCCUUCGCCAGUUUACCACUCACAGCUGGCGCCGCGGCAAGCACGUCCGCAGCAACUGCGCCAGCGUGCCGCGCUGGUCUGCCAUCGCCACUUUUCUGGACGGCAACAAGUACAGGGGACACGCAGCGAUCUUCGAGUCCUGCGCUUCGGAUGGCAUUUGGGUGUACGACCAGUGGAACACCUCUCCCGUUGACCGCCGCAAGAUCCGCUACGGAAACUCGAAACCCAACUACAACGGCGACAACUUCUACAUGAUUGAGCUGUGAUCAACACGGAGAUCUGUCACAAGGCGACCACUGGGCAAACCCAGUGCUACUGACAAUCA